AUGUCCACGAACUCCCACACUUUAUCCACUACCAUCUUUCCCCAUUUUACAGCUGCUUCUGUAAUUUUGAGGGGGGAUUGCUCUUCCCUCUCGCAUCUUUCUCCUGCUCUUCCCUCUCGCAUCUUUCUCCUGCUCUUCCCUCACGCAUCGCAUCUUCUUUUCCCUCUCGCAUCUUUCUCCUGCUCUUCCCUCUCACAUCUUUCACCUGCUCUUCCCUCUCGCAUCUUUCUCCUGCUCUUCCCUCUCGCAUCUUUCUCCUGCUCUUCCCUCUCGCAUCGCAUCUUCUUUUUCCUCUCGCAUCUUUCUCCUGCACUUCCCUCUCGCAUCUUUCUCCUGCUCUUCCCUCUCACAUCUUUCUCCUGCUCUUCCCUCACGCAUCUUUCUCCUGCACUUCCCUCUCGCAUCUUUCUCCUGCACUUCCCUCUCGCAUCUUUCUCCUGCUCUUCCCUCUCGCAUCGCAUCUUCUGCUCUUACCUCUCGCAUCUUUCUCCUGCUCUUCCCUCACGCAUCACAACUUCUUUUCCCUCUUGCAUCUUUCUCCUGCUCUUCCCUCUCGCAUCGCAUCUUCUUUUCCCUCUUGCAUCUUUCUCCUGCUCUUUCCUCUCGCAUCUUUCUCCUGCUGUUUCCUCUCGCAUCUUUCUCCUGCUCUUUCCUCUCGCAUCUUUCUCCUGCUCUUUCCUCUCGCAUCUUUCUCCUGCUCUUUCCUCUCGCAUAGCAUCUCCUGCUCUUCCCUCUCACAUAGCAUCUUCUGCUCUUCCCUCUCGCAUCUUUCUCCUGCUCUUCCCUCUCGCUCGCAUCUUCUUUUCCUCUGUCUUUCUCCUGCACUUCCCUCUCGCAUCUUUCUCCUGCUUCUUCCCUCUGCAUCUUUCUCCUGCACUUCCCUCUAGCAUCUUUCUCCUGCUCUUCCCUCUCGCAUCUUUCUCCUGCUCUUCCCUCUCGCAUCCCAUCUUCUUUUCCCUCUCGCAUCUUUCUCCUGCACUUCCCUCUCGCAUCCUUCUCCUGCUCUUCCCUCUCGCAUCCCAUCUUCUUUUCCCUCUCGCAUCUUUCUCCUGCUCUUCCCUCUCGCAUCGCAUCUUCUUUUUCCUUUCGCAUCUUUCUCCUGCACUUCCCUCUCGCAUCUUUCUCCUGCUCUUCCCUCUCGCAUCUUUCUCCUGCUCUUCCCUCUCGCAUCGCAUCUUCUUUUUCCUUUCGCAUCUUUCUCCUGCACUUCCCUCUCGCAUCUUUCUCCUGCACUACCUCUCGCAUCUUUCUCCUGCUCUUCCUCUCGCAUCUUUCUCCUGCUCUUCCCUCUCGCAUCCAUCUUCUUUUCCCUCUGCAUCUUUCUCCUGCACUUCCCUCUCCUUCUUUCUCCUGCACUUCCCUCUCGCAUCUUUCUCCUGCUCUUCCCCUCUCACAUCUUUCUCCUGCACUUCCCUCUCAUCUUUCUCCUGCUCUUCCCUCUGCAUCUUUCUCCUGCUCUUCCCUCUCGCAUCAUCUUCUUUUCCUCUCGCAUCUUUCUCCUGCUUUCCCUCUCGCAUCUUUCUCCUGCUCUUCCCUCUAGCAUCUUUCUCCUGCUCUUCCCUCUCGCAUCUUCUGCUCUUCUGCUCUUACCUCGCAUCUUUCUCCUGCCCUUCCCUCACGCAUCGCAUCUUCUUUUCCCUCUCGCAUCUUUCUCCUGCUCUUCCCUCUCGCAUCUUCUUUUCCCUCUCGCAUCUUUCUCCUGCUCUUCCCUCUAUCUUUUCUCCUGCUCUUCCCUCUCGCAUCUUCUUUUCCUCUACGCAUCUUUCUCCUGCACUUCCUCUCGCAUCUUUCUCCUGCUCUUCCCUCUCACAUCUUUCUCCUGCUCUUCCCUCACGCAUCUUUCUCCCUGCACUUCCCUCUCGCAUCUUUCUCCUGCUCUUCCCUCUCGCAUCGCAUCUUCUGCUCUUACCUCUGCAUCGCAUCUUCUUUUUUCCUCUUGCAUCUUUCUCCUGCUCUUUCCUCUCGCAUCUUUCUCCUGCUCUUUCCUCUACAUCUUUCUCCUGCUCUUUCCUCUACGCAUCUUUCUCCUGCUCUUUCCUCUAG